UGAAUGCUGCAACGCCCCGUCUGCUGAUUGGUCGGCGCCAGCCAGCUCCUCCAACGUCAGCCAAUCAGGACGCUGCCGCGUGCCGCUGGCAGGCGGCCAAGACGGAAUCGAUUUUUAGUCGAUGCGGCUGCGCCGGAGGCCAGAGCAUCGACGGUAGUUGGGGUGUUCAGCCCAGGGAGAACUCAAGGAACCCACACCCGUGCGCUGCGAGUGAUCCACGUGUGUCACCCCACCGUCAGCCCAACCGCACCCAGUCUGACGACGCCAUGGCGUUCAUGGUGCCCGUGGUGAAGAAGGAGUGGGACAUCUACGGCAGCAGCGCCAAGAGCCGGCGGGAGCAGCAGCAGCGCGCCAACCGCAGCCGCACCACGUCGGAGACGAGCCAGGGCUUCAGCCGCGGCCCGUCGUUCAGCAGCCGGCCGGCCGGCUCGCUGUCAUCGUCGCCAGCCGGCGAAGGCUGGCCGAUGCGUGCCGCCGGCUCGUGCCGCCAGAGCCGCUCCUCGUCACGCGCCUCCAACCUCUCGCAGACGGCGGGCUCGCCGCCGGCGCGCAGCGUGUCGUUCGCGCCGCGUAGCCAGCCCUCACCGCCCAAGGCGCGCAGCCCGGCGCCCGGCGGUGCCAGCUCCUUCUCCGGCUUCCACACGAAAGUGGUGGACAAGAUGAUGCGCGCGCUCCACCUGACGGACAAGGACGGCUCGCGGAAGGCCUGACAUACCGCGGCCGGCGCCGAGUCGAGCCCUGAUGUCGGCGAGGCGCGGGCACCCGGCGGCGCCGGCCACCCGCGCAGCGCGGCGGCGAGGCGGCGAAUCGCCCGCGACGAGCAGCGCCCAAGACUCGCCAGUGGCGAGCAGCCCCGAGGUCUCGCCGGGUGACGAGUGCGCUCCCGACCUGUCGCAGGUGAUAUUGAACUAGCCGGGCGUGUCUGCGCGCGGUCGAUGGUUGCGCGGGCGGCCGCCGGAGGGCGGGCCGCUUGCCAGGCGCGGGUUCUGUUGAUACUAGACGGCUGUGAAUGCGCUCGGUGGCGGAACACCCGAGAGUGGCCCCUCGCGCGGAGGAGGACGGUGAGCCGUAGCGGGUGCUGCGUUGUUUUAGACUAGGGUGCGACGAGCGCCGCUCGGCGCUUGUUUGUUGCGCGGGGCUGUAGUUGGCGCUGGUCGAACGGGCGUGGUGGAUGUGUUGUUUGUUUUCACUUUGACCAAAGCUUGCUAUAUUGAUAAGGCCCGUGUUUAUCACCGUUACGAGAUUCUAAUGUGUGACCGAUCCGAGGCCAUAAUAAAUGAAGGAUGAAG